AUGAAUAAUAGGAGGAGGAGAUCCAACAGGCGGCAGAAUCGGCCUUAUGGCAGUAAUAUUCUCUUGAAGCAUCUUAUUAGAGACCGUAGAGAAAAACCUCGAUCAGGUGAAGACCCGGCUUUUCUACGUGCCCGAAGGUCCUUGAGAAAGCUCCAACAAAACUUCGAAGAAAACUAUCCAGGGCGUAUCAAAUUCCAGAGGGUACUUGGUUAUGGCGGUUUUGGUCUUGCCACGAUGUGGAAAGUGAAAACCCGCAGCGGCCGCGAUGUUGACGUUGCUGUCAAAACGAGUAUUAGAAGAGGUGAUGAUGAGAGCGAGUUAAGAUCUGAGAUCUAUAUUCAGGGAGAGCUACUCCGAGGUGCGGAACAUAUCGUCCAACUUAUCGAUGUCGAGGAAGACGUUCCGGCUACCGCCAAGCUCUACAAUAAUCCAGCUUUAUCAUCACCGAUCAUGAUUAUGGAGGUCCUUGAGAGAAAUACACUCGCAGAUCUUAUAGAUAGGAUUAAUAAGGCAAGACUUACGAAUUACGAAAUACUUGCUCAGGCCGAAAAUCCUUGGGCAGCAGGGCGUUACGAUAGGAGUGGCUUGCAAAUUGGUUAUAUUCCUAAUCGAAUACUAUGGAGACUUUUCUUGUGUUUGGCCAGAGGAAUUACCGGAAUGGCGUACGGGCCUCCAACUGACCCAAAUUACGUAGCAGGGGAUCCUUAUCGUGAAUUUGUGCGAGAGCGGCCAAUGAAACAGCUACUUCACAUGGACCUCGAUAUAUAUAAUGUCCUUAUCGGAGAUGUUAGUCACACCCUAUAUGACCCUGAACAUGUCAUGUCCCCAAAAAUAAAGAUAGCCGACUUCGGGAUUGCUAUGGAUUGGAGAAGCGGGUUGACGGUUCGCCAGAGGGAAUUCCUAAUACCGAGAGGAAAGCGCGAUUUUUAUGCGCCAGAACAAAAAGACUAUAAGAGGUCCGCGCGAGACCCUCGUGCCAUAUCACCUGCGAUCAAUGUAUGGGCUAUAGGAUUAAUCAUGUUGAACCUCUUAACGUUGGCACAUCCCCGUCUUUCGUCUUGGGAGGCCAGAGUGAGAACGUAUUAUGCACCGCGCGAAGGAAACCCCAAUUAUCAACAACAAUUCAUAACCUGGGGCUGGUUCCUCCUUGAUCACGAGGAGCAUCAUCCUAGCCCGUUUAUCAUGGCAUUCGACUAUGAACUUCGCCUUCUAAUAGCACGUUGCUUGGAGACUUAUGGCCCAAGACGUCCAACGCCAGCCCAGCUGCUAGGAGUGAUCGAAGAAAACCUUGAAAGAGGAGACGCCAGGUCUCAGUGGCUGUCAGAUCAAAGAAUUGCCCGGGAAGAGCAGGAAUACAGGCAGCGCCUGAUAAUCGAGGAGCAGAGGGAAUCUGACGCCAUGCAAUAUUCUGAUUAUUACGAUCCUGAUUUUGAUGACUCGCGGGACUAUGGACACUCAACUCGUCCACGGGAUAUUCCUCCCGACGACCCGCUGAGCGUGGAUCCGACGAAUAUGAAUCAGUGGCUGGAUCAGCUAGACCCUGAUGCUCCGGUAUUCAGCAAUAAUCUCUCGCGUUCGCAACCCCUCUUCGGUUCUCGGACUGCCGUCAAGGAGCAACCCCUAAUAUCCAUUUCGGAAGAAGAGCGUAUCAGCAAUCCAUGGGAUUACAUAAUGGGAGGGAACCGUUCCCCUCGCCCUGCUCCUCCGCAAUACGACCCGGUUCCAAUAUACGAGCAGACGCCUGUUGCGGGACCCUCAACCGCCACCCCGGGUCCGUCUACGGCUUUCCCCCAACCUCCGCCGCCGCCAAGGGUAAAGACGCCGGCAGCCCAGAGAGUAAUCACGCGCAACGACUACCGCCCGGUCACGGAAUUCCAGACGCCGCCCGAGCUCGAAGACGUCCAGCUGCUUGUGAAGUUCUACAUGGACCAUCUCCGCGACCCACCUCAAAGGGUAGAUCCGUACGCAAAACUAUGGUCAAAGAGCACUGCCGAACCGAGCAUAACAAAUCAAACACCCACCAGAGUGGGGCGCCACGUCAGGUUUAGGGUAACCCCGGUUCCUCCCGGCGGGAUUCCUGCUGAGAUUUGGGAUCCCCCUCCUCCUCCCGGAUUUCCUCCGGGCCAUCGUCCGGCUGCAAAGCGGGAACCUGAAGGGAAUUUGAAGCAACCCCCUGACCAAGCAAAUGCAGGUGGAGUAGAUGAAGGUAACAUAUAUGAUGCUACUCCCCCUCCCCGCCACUCCCCCCAUGUGAAGUUUGCUGUAUGA